AUGCAGCGUGGCACCUGCUUCAUCAACUAUGAGGACUUCAGGGAAUGCUUCUCCGCGUACAAGAAGGAGACCCGAUCCAGCUACAGCAUCCAGAGCAGCGUGUCCGUCCGCCACCACAACAGCAGGUUCAAGCUCAACAUCCGUCCCGACAUAAUAUUCGCAGAGGUGAAGUUUUGUUGCUCCAAGCUUCACGGACCCCAUGGUAAAAAAAAGCCCCAGAACGUCAUCUGCCCAGCCUAUUUCUUUCUGCAGUACGACAUGGACCUAGAUCGUCUGGUGGUUAAAGAAGAAUGUUUAACUCACAACCAUUCGGCUAAUACAAAUCCACCUCAGGCAAAUAUCAUUCAUCCACCUGAAAUGGGCGAAAACCUGCCACCUGACUCUGAGGUCCCGUCUGAGAAGAUCUGCAAUGAAUGGCUGCCUCAGUCUCCUGUGAAGCAAAAUGAUCCAGAGGAAGAUAGAGACAUCCCAUCCCCAUGCGAGCCCCAGAGUAAUGAGAAGCAAAAUGAUCGAGAGGAAGAUCGAGACAUCCCAUCCCCAUGCGGGUUCCAGAAUAAUGUCAAGCAAAAUGAUCCAGAGGAAGAUCGAGACCUCCUAUCCCCAUGCGAGCCCCAGAGUAAUGUGAAGCAAAAUGAUCCAGAGGAAGAUCGAGACAUCCCAUCCCCAUGCGAGCCCCAGAGUAAUGCGAAGCAAAAUGAUCCAGAGGAAAAACGAGACAUCCCAUCCCCAUGCGGGCCCCAGAGUAAUGUAAAGCAAAAUGAUCCAGAGGAAGAUCGAGACAUCCCAUCCCCAUGUGAGCCCCAGAGUAAUGUGCCUUCAGAACAGAACGAUAUUGGUGAAGCUCACAGCAAACCUACAUCUACUACUACGGAAGGCCCCAUUCCCGAAGAACUUUCCACAGAUCCCGUUUCCCAUCUGGACGCUUUUAUAAGAGACUUUCAGAAAGCACAUGAUGACUCUAAAAUUGCACUGACCAUCGGAGACCAAAAGCAAUUCGAGCACCUAUGUUUCCAGACGAGUAGCAUGACUAACUGGUUCCAAAAGUUCCCUGAGAGCCUUUUGAUCCACAGGGUUUCAAGCAAACACGGGUUCAUUCUGUACUCCUUCCUGGUGGAAACCAAAGAACGCAUGGGUAAAAUAGUUCAUUUUUCGUUUGUAAAAGAAGAUAAUGCAAAGAACAUGUCCAAAAUGCUGAAAAUGCUCAAAUACUUUAAUUCAGAAUGGAUAAAAGUAAAAGUUAUCUAUAUAGGUACAGCCUUUGAGCAAAUGGAUAUUCUAAAGGAAGCCUUUCCCUCUGCGCAGGUCCUGCUUUCGGUAUAUCACACGGCGCAUCUUAUUGAAAAAAAGGUCAAAGGAUCUGCUGAGUUUAAGUACUGGGUACACAGUCAGAUCGAUAAAACCAUCCAUCAUACGACUCCCGAGGAUUUAAAAUUCUUGGCUGAAAAACUUGAGCACAGACUGGACCAAGAGCUGUACGCAAAGCUUUGCAAAGACUGGUUUUCCAAUGAGCUUCUUUGGUACAUGCAUGUGAAGAAGGGCGAGCUCGCUUGUUGCACUUACAUGGACAGCGUAGGGCUGAUCGAUCAGACUAUCUCCGAUUGCCUUGCAAAGCAGAGCUCAUUGGAAGAAGCUAUCAGAGUAUUUCUCCAAUCUGCAGACUGUUUCAACAGCAAUGGGUUAGAUAAACCGAAGAUUGCUUUUCCAGUCUCUUCCCACAAAGCUUCUAAAGCACAACCCAAAAUUACAAAAAAACCACGCUCUAUUCUGCCUCCUUCUCAAUCAUACGUCCCACCUAAACGCAAGAAAGGCUCCAAGCAACCCAGUAAAAACACCUGCAAUGGAUUCGUCCUCCCCCCUCAGUCGAGUGUCUGGAGACCUAUUCAGCUAGCAAAUAAGAUGUUACUGUCCCUGAAGGAGUACUGCAAUGACAUCGGCUUUCAGCUGUGUUGGAAAGAGUGGGAAGUGGUUCAGAAGUCCACGUGUCUGAUCAACGUCCUCCCUGAUUUUACGAUUGUCCAGCUCCUAGAAGAGACACACAAAGUGUCUAUGAGUGGCCACUCCUGUACAUGCUACUUUAGCAAGGACUAUAGAUUGCCAUGUCGUCAUAUUCUGAGCAUGCUUUAUGCGUGCAAGAAGCCGGUGGAAGAGAACAUGGUUAGUGUCAGGUGGCGUAAGGAUUAUGUGAAACCCUUAUCGGACUUUAAGGUGUACAUCACCGUAACCACGUCUAGUAACUAUACUGAAAGUAAGGCUAAAGCCAUGGCAAGGAUGGGGAAGAUCAAGAAUCUGGCUAAAGAAUUCUAUAAUCUCCUCACGCAGUGUGAUGGUCAAGAAAUGCAAGCCAGGAUAUCUACGCUGCAGACCAUAGUUGGCCUGUGGCGUGGUGACUCGAGCAGCGAUAAACUGUGUCCGGCACAAGAUCAGGCAACUGAGCUCCCUUACCGAUGGGUGAAGAAAGAGCCCAUAGAAGGCGAAAACGGCUUUGGCUAUGAGCUGUGUAGAUUGGACCCUAAACUACCUUUGAAUUAAAAAUGACUUAGAUAUUUGGUGGACUGGCGCUGUUUUGUGUCCACUAAAAUUACACUGAACUAAUUCUGGUAUAAGACAGAGUCUUGAAACAAGGCCACUCCAUGCUGACCCUUAGGCCAGUGUUAGCGAGUGCAAUACACGUUUAUUUUUACAUUCAUAUUAUGGCUGCAAAACCUGGCCUGAACUACAGUCAGGCCGGGAUAACCACUGCAAAUAUGUGUCCGUAUAACACUGGUGUGAAACCAGUCUUUAAAGCGGUAUUCCUAUCUGGAACAUCCACAGAUUGAAGUGGUUAUCCGGCCAAAGAGCACAACCUGCAUUCUACGCGGUGCUGCGUCUCCAGUCUCUGAAAGUUCCAGUCUCUGUUUCCGGGACUGGGGAUGUUAAGUAAUGCCACGCCCAGUUGUGACGUC